AUGGAUAAAGUACAUGUGGCGGUGCAGACUCGGCAACGGGCAACCCAGCUGUGUGGCGCACCAGCACUCGGUUUCUGGCGUAUGGUGUCCUUUCACCCUGACAAAAACACCAAAACCGAAACUCUCGAAGGCUCUUCUGAAUCCCCCGAGCCACAAUCGCCACCAACUGGCGCCAGCACCGGUAGAGCCUCGCCAGCCCCACCCGGUGGUCCAAAGUCCGUCAUCAAGCGUCGUUCGGCAGCCGACAGAGCCGCCUCGCAGGCCAAUGCUCGUCCUUCGAGCACCAGAGCUGCCGGAGCUGGUGGAAGCAGUAGUACCAUGUUGAAGCUUUACACCGAUGAGUCGCCGGGAUUGAAGGUUGAUCCUGUUGUCGUUUUGGUGCUUAGUUUGGGAUUCAUCUUCAGUGUGGUGGCGCUACAUAUCAUUGCCAAGAUCUCGCGCAAACUCACUGGUUAA